GUAAUUGUCAGUUGAGUUGGAUUAAUCCAUCUCUAAUGCAAUUAAUUAACCUCUUCAACAUAAUCACUUAAAUGAACAUGUAUCACACGAAUUUGACUUGUUAAUGACCACAAGAAUAAAAAUAAAAAUGAAAUUAUUAACGUUGUUAUUGUCUGUCGUGCAAUCCAAUUGAAAACUGGAAGCCUCAAAAGAGAAAAUCAGAAUAUGGCGGCAUUACAAGGAUUGAGUACUGCGGCUGUGGCGGUAUCACUAUCACUUCGAAUUCCUUCUUCAAGGUUAUGUUGUGCCGCUCGGAUUCCUCCCUCGAAAAUAAGAAUCGGAUCGGUACGGUGUCAAGCUGCCGGAGAAAACCAGCAAGUUUACAACGGUAUUUAUGGCCCUUGGACCGUUGAAUCCUCCGAUGUUCAAGAGGUUAUUUCAUAUCGAUCAGGAUUGGUAACAGCUGCUGCAUCGUUUGUCAUUGCUGCAUCUGCUGCCUAUUUGCCCGAUAACCUAAGUGAUACGCUAAAGCAAAACAUUGAUUUUUUGUAUGUCAUUGGGUCAGGUGGGUUGGGUUUAUCAUUAUUCUUGAUUCAUAUCUAUGUGACUGAAAUCAAGCGCACUCUACAAGCAUUAUGGGGUCUUGGGGUUCUUGGAUCAGCUGCAACCUACUUCUACCUUGCUCAACCAGCUAAUAAAACUCUAAUACAAUACGUCGUUGAUAACCCAUCAGCUGUCUGGCUUGUUGGUCCUCUUUUCGCUGCUUUGACAGGCCUUGUUUUCAAGGAAGGACUGUGCUAUGGCAAGCUAGAAGCCGGAGCUCUCACGUUUAUUAUUCCUAUACUUCUUCUUGGCCAUCUGAGUGGUUUGAUGGACGAUGGAACUAAACUUACUUUGCUUGCUCUGUGGAUGGGGCUUUUUGUGAUAUUUGCUGGAAGGAAGUUCACCCAGCCUAUCAAGGAUGACAUCGGUGACAAGUCCGUUUUCACAUUCAAUUCCCUCCGCGAUGACGAAAAGAAAGCCUUGAUUGAGAAAUUGGAACAACAAAAAAGUCAGUAUUAAGUGUAUCAGCUCCAACACACCUUGAGGUAGACUUCUUGAACUCGCAGGAUUUUUUUCGAAAAGAUGAUGUUAUGCAAAGCUAUGUCAGCACCGCCUGCAGUUCUCAUAUAAGAGAGAGGACUCUUUUCUAUCAUGUCUUCCUUUUAUACCUGUAAAAAUUGUAUGAUAUGUUACCUAAUGACAAUUUAGUACAGGUUGGCCUAGACGUAAUUUAGAUUGUAUCUUAUCUUAAUCUUAAUAAUCUAUAAAAGAAAUGUUAGUAGGUAUGGGGCAUUUUAGUAAAUUCUACUGCCCACUUUAAGUGCAGAUAUAUGAUUUUAUACAAUAAAUCCCAUCCAAUUUGCGUGGAAUGUAUUUUUUGUUGUUUUAUCAUUUGACUGCAUUGGCUAAUGACCACUGUAUUUGAAAAUGUUAUUGUGUUUUAAAAUUGA